AUGGACAAAAGCUACGCGAAUGAAAUGGAAGCCUACCUGGCCGAUGCUGAGCAUUCAUACAUCCAAGAAGCCGACAAACGAGCAUUUUACAUGGCAGUGGAGCUUUGGAAAAAAGAAGCAGGGCCCGGCAGACAAGGACAUAAAGAUUUCAUCGUGAUGGCGAUUCCCACUAUCUCUCAGCUCGGCUUAUCCAAGGAUACCAAGGCUUACAUGACGCUUCUCGAUUGCUGGCCAGAUGCAAACUACGUCUUCGCCGAAAAAAGCCCUAUCUACAAGCAAACAACUUCGCAGUCGACCUUCUUCAUCGAAAAAUUCGAGUGGACUUCAGACGCGAAUCUCUGCAAGCAUCUUUUACGCACAAUGGAGCGCAAUGGAUGUCCUUGUACGAAUGAGAUUUACGCCAAAGUCACUGAUCUGUUCGGUAUCUACAGCGAUGCGAGUGUUUUGGCGAGACAGCAAAUGCUGUUCAACAAAAGAUUAAUGGAACGAAAUCCGUUUCCUAUUGAAAUCCCAAAGGAUCCGACAGAACUUGCUGCAGCCACUUUGAGACAGGCUUCCCCUGGCUUGGAUCGGCAGUACCACAGAUUCCCGAUCAAACAAAGAGACGGGAAAUGGAUCAGAAGCGAGAAAGAUGGCGAGUUUUAUGAGUCUCACGACUCCGUGAUCGUUUCUCAGUCGCCCGAACAACUUGAUAAUCUUCGAAAUCACGAUCCAGACGAACCAGUUCUCAUCGAAGGACCGAUUUCUAUCUUCAUGAAUGGAAAAGCGACAGAAAUCUUUGUCCUGAGGAGCGAAAAUCAAGUUGAGAAGACAGCUCGCGAAAAGAGAAACGAAAAGUUUGAUAAAAAGUACACAACCGUCAUAUCCAAUAAAGAAUGGUUCGCCGAUUUCUAUGGUAAAGACUUAGAAACAGGAAUGGAAUUGCAUGGUGGAAGACAAAGGACAAUGAGAGCCUUCGGAGCGCAAGGAGCGAUGGAUCAAUUAGAUAAAAGCGUUCUAGAGCUCGAAGCAACACACGAAAAACGCCUCAUCUUUCCAAAAGAAGAAGAGCCAAUCUAUGAGCAAAUCGAGUACGAUCUCUCCUGGAAACCGAUCACGGACUUUCGCGGAGACUCCAUCCCUGAGUUGCUGAAAAGCGGCCACUUGAGAUCGGAAGAGUUCGCCGAUGAAGUCCAACUUGGCAGGAGAACAGAAGCUAAAGUAUUCUGCCUCGCUCAUAUUGAUUGUGAACAGAAACUUUUGCCAGAUGCAUAUUCGACUUGGAUUCGUGGAAUAGCAGAAACAGUCGAACCAAAGGUUCAAAACUUCACAGUCGUUCUCCGAGAAGACUGGACACCGGAAAAUUCUGACCAUCUAACAAUCGACCCAAGCCCUGGCAAUCGCGGGUACAAUCAAAUCGAAGAGGUGCUGGAGUCAGAGCAGUUCGACGAAGAACUUGAAGAAGAAAUCAGACGCGAACAGAUUGAGCGCGAAAAAGCGAAAGAAAACAAAAAGUCGUUCUUUUCAUUUUUCAAAAAGAAGGAUGAUAAUUAG